AUGAGGAGAGCGCAGACUGAGGUGAGGGACAAGACCAAGGACGGCAAGGAGCAGUAUAGGAAAGCUGGAGAGCAAACUGGCCCAAAACAACACCAGGGAGGUGUGGAAUGGGAUGAGAAGCAUCACUGGUCGGAGCCUCCAAUCACCAUCAACAGGGAUGUUGUGAGGAUGGAGCUCAGCCACCGACAUCCAAGCAAGUCUGCAGACCCGGACGACGCCAUCAUCUACCUGCUGCACAGAGCCUACACGCACCUGGACAGGGCAGGCAGCACUGUAAGAGUCAUGUUCUUCGACGUUUCCAGUGCUUUUAACACCAUAAGACCUGCUCUACUUUGCAGUAAGCUCCUGGACAUGCAGGUAAAUGACUCCCUGGUCACCUGGAUUGGGGACUACCUUACUGGCCAGCCACAGUACAGCUCACAAUCCUGCCACCUGCAGAAGUCUUUGGAUGACUCUGCCAUUGUGGGCUGCAUCACAGGUGACCAGGAAGCUGAAUACCGAGGUGUGUUGGACAGCUUCGUGGAGUGGUGUGGACAGAACCACUUGCAGCUCAACAUAGGGAAAACUAAAGAGCUGCGAGUGGACUUCAGGAAGAUGAUCUUCACUAUGUAUGAAAGCAAACUGCAUUGGCACAUUCAGCUGGUGGCUGCUGGCGUCCAGCUUGGGAAUUCUCUCUUCUUGACAGCUCUGCCGAUGGUAUUAAAGGAACGAUGCAUCAACUCUACCAGAGACUCUCUAAACACCACAUCAACGAACAGCUGGCAGAGCACCGUGUCCAGCUUCUACAUGAUUUACAGGUUGAUGUGCCAGCUGAUCCCCAUUCUCCCAGGCCUCUUUCUGGCUUGGUUGGGGGACAGGGGCUGGAGGAAAACCCCGAUUGUGGUGCCGCUAAUAGGCUUCAUGCUGGCCAGACUUGUGAUGCUGUUGACUCUGACGCUGGAUUGGCCAAUGGAGGUCUUGUUUUUGGAGGGAACCAUCACAGGAUUAUGUGGCGGCUUCACUGUAUUCUGGAGUGGCACCAUGACACUGUUAUCUCUGAGUUCUGCUCAACAAGACCGGUCAAGACACAUAAUGACGGCUGAACUGACCAAUGGGAUCGCAGGUGUAGUGGGCUGUGUGGCAUCUGGACAUUUGUUUGGUCUCACGGCUGCUGGUUCGAGACCAGGAGUCAUGACAGUGGUGGUGUGUUUACUGCUCUAUGGCUUCUGUUUGCUCUACAGCCUUUUCUUUCUACGGGUGAGUGUCUCUCUGUGUUGUAAGUCUUAAAUUCUAGUUCAACAAUUUAUUCAUUUCAAGUUUAUGUUGAUAUAUUC